AGUUGCCAGAACGUGACUGUAAACAGUCAACUGCCUAAGGGACUCAGCUCCUGAUUUAGCCUCGAGGUUGACUCCUGAAGCCUUUUCCAUGGUAUGAUAUAACCCUCACCCCUUCUCCUGUCAGUAAAAGCAGGUUCGCCGAGUUUAGAAACUAGGCCACACGAGCAGGCCAGGAGCUAGACUUGGUUGUCAGAGGCUUUUUGAGACGCAUGUCAUAUGGGAGCACUUUAAAGGUAAUGGGAGCUUAUCCCCACAACCACCCCCAACUUGACAACCUUGAACCCAAAGCUAUAGAACGUUUCAGUCCACAAGUCACGGACAAUACCAAGUCUUCAUUCCGGAUUUACUGUAUAAUAACAAUAUGUUCGACGGUACGCCCAAGCAAAUUAGGCGGAACCAGCUAAUUUUGAUCAAAUUCGAGCAUGGAAGUUACCAGUUGGCAUAUGGGUUAAUUUACCACUCUUGGUAAGAUUUCUUACUUUUGACGAAAUUUAAAGGAACCAACGUUUGGAAUAAAUCUUCAUAAUAAUCCACGUUUAUAUCAACUCGGUCAUGUAAUGCAUGCUCAGUUAUCAUUUUAAAGUCUCAGGAACGCAGAAAUUUAUUGCACAAUGGCGUUUGCUAGAAAAAAAUCAGCACAAUUCGAUUUGACUGAAGAGCCGCCCUCAUUUGAGGUAUGCUAUCUUGGCAGAAUGAUAACUCGGAUCAAAAUGGGACGAGAAUGUACAAAAGAAAUUGUUCGCACAUUGUAUAAUAAGGCACGUGGUAGGGAAGAUCUACAACGUGUACAUGUGACAAUUUCUACUAAAGGCAUGCGAAUAUCGGAAGCACCAAAUGUUUCAUCAAAACGAGAAACAUUUAUCCCAAUUUAUACAGUAACGUACGGUGCUGCAGAUAAAGUAUACCAACGGGUAUUUUCUUUUAUAACGACAGUACAACGAGAUAAUAAUGAAGAAUCAAAUUUUGUUUGUCAUGUUUUCCUGUGCAGAGACUCUCCAACGGCAAAGACAAUGGUUUCGUAUCUGCUAAACGCCUUCAAAUGUGCUUUUGGAGAUUGGAAACGUUACGCUAAUAGACAGAAAAUUAAAGACAGAUUAGAAGCAGGUCCAAAUUCUGUUAACACGAAAUCAGCUCUUCCAAAUGUAACACAUAACGGAACAGAAGACACAAAUGGACAAGAACGGAACGAAAAGAUUGAAGAUCUUAAUGAUUCCCCAAUGGAGUUUAUGUUACCACCAAAAGAUCAAACAACAAGAGUUGAAAAAGUUGCGCAAUGGAUGGAAAGAUGGCUUCAUAUAAGUGUGCCUUCUGAUUCGCAGUAUGUUGGUAUUCUUUUUCCGGAUGACGAAGAUGAUUUCAAUCGGGAGUUUGAGGAAUUUUCAAAGAGAAACAACACUUUGGCGCAUCCCCACACAUCUACCACGCAUGUAUGCACACAGGUACCCAGAAGUAGGGAAGAGGUAUUGGCUAGGCCGGUAUUUCAGGAGAAAGAUGUACGAAGAAAAACAAGUAUUUCUAGCUAACCAAGGAAUAUAUCAUUAACGAAUAUUUUCAGAGAUGAUUAGUUCGUCUUUAACUUUUUUACGUUAAAAAACAACGCACUAACACAGAUAUGAGCCAAAGGUGUACUAUAGGAUUUAGAUUUCAACUGCUCUCCUCAUUUGUAUUUAUCUUGACAGCCUUUAACAACAUUAAUAUAAUGUAUAAUAGGUAUGCACAACACAAUUCAAUUAACUUAUGGUAUAUUUAUUUAUGUGGGUGUGUGGAUGCCUAAAACUAGAUUUGUUUCCGAGUGUGUUUUCUCCUUCUACAUUUCAACUAUCAGUGGCGGAUCAAAGAAAUUCCAAAUAGCGUGGCCCAUGGGGGGUGGGGGUUUUGACAGAUGGAGGGCCUAUACCACCUCAGCCCCACCAUUAUUGGGCUGAGGAGUGAUUGGCACCUUCAGAUGGCCGGAAAUGGCACUCUAUGACUUGAAUUUAAAUAUAAUAUUCUUUUUUUCUUCAUUUUUCAUUUUUUAUAUAAUUUUGACAAAUUUAGGGAGGCCCUAGCCGACUCCGCCUAUGAUAAUACCGUAAAACCUUAAAUUCAAGCCCUGGCCUUCUUCUUUUUUACGAACGUUGGAUGGGCUUCUUUUCGAGACUAAUUUUGCAAAGUAAAGACCGGGGGUGGGGGGCGCUCCUUUUCAAAAUGAAAUGUACAGUGUAUGUACUGUACUAUUUCAAAAAGAAGCCCAUGGUCUU